CGAAAAGGUCAGUUAUAAUAAAAUGUUUCUCAGAUUCCUAAUUGUUGCUUGUGCGAUUUGUGCAAAUGUAAGCGGAUAUAGUACUUUUUAUGAAUGGUUCGUGUCAACUACCGAUGAGGUCCCAUCUUUAAAGUUGGUGAAGUUUGGAAAUAAAAGUUAUUACAUUCACAGUGAUUUUAAGGCAAGUUAUUAUAAAGCUACGCAAUUUUGCAAUUACCAUGGCAUGAGACUAGUGAGCGUCAUGUCUAAUAGUGAAAACGAUUUUCUUCAUAAGGAAAUAACCGAAAUUGGCUUUAGCUUUUGGACAUCUGGAACAGUAGAUGGCGUUGAUCAAUGGACAUGGAUGUCUAAUGGCAGACAAAUAUUAUCUUAUAAAAAUUGGAAUAUAGGCGAGCCAAACAACUGGGACGAAAAAUGUCUCGAAAUAUUGGCGAUAGGUAAAUGGAAUAGUUUAGACUGUUACAAAUCUAGAUAUUUCAUUUGCGAAGCUCCUAAUAUCGAAACCAAAAAUUCUGGCUGCAAAAUAUAGGCCCGUCUUAGACAUGAAGAUUAGGAGUAACAAUUUUUUUCUAAUUAUUAUUGUAAUGGUAAGACUAAUGUGCGACACAAAAAUGAAUGUAUACCUUUAAAUAUUUUUUGUAAAUAAAUAUAAAAUUUUACAAAGUA